UUUUGGGUGAUUUUUAUUCAGAAGAUUUAUGGUUUUGAGUCAUGAUUACUACUUUAUGGAUAAAAUUUUCUGUCCGCAGUUUUUCUGUGAUUGCGUUUGAAAGUUUCUCGGAAAGUGUUGCAAAAACUCGCACAAUUUUACUACGUCAGGACAAAAAUAAUUCUUGAUGUAAGACAUUUCCUUCCACUUAAAAGAAAGUAGUUCUAUGAAGAAAAGGAAAACAAAUGUCUUUUUCAGAUGAGUCAUCUGUUAAUAAAGCAGAUUUUGAUGAUAGUGAAGAUGAUAUUGGUAGCUUAUUAGCUGAUGAUGAUGAUGAUAUAUUUUCAAAGAAAAAAUUUAGCAAGUCUCCAAAGAAACCUUUAGACUCCGUUGUUUCCCCAUCAAAAGCACCAUCGGAUCAUUCAAGUAAGAAAACAAAUGCCUUUGAGAUUGACAAUAUCAGUGAUGCACCAAAAUUUGGUCUUGUUAAAAGUUCCCCAAAACGUUCCAUAUCUCGGAAUAAAAGUAAAGAACUAUAUGAUGAGAAAGAUCAAGGGGUUCUAGAUGACUUAAAGUUUGAUAUUUCAUCAGCUUCAAAAGAAAAACAUUCUCCAAUAAAAAGCAAAGAGAGUACAUUUGAUGAGGAAGAAGACUACCUCCGUAGUCUGAAAACAAAUGAACUUUCAUUUGUUUCAACAAAGAAUUUCUCGGAUGACAACUUUUCAAAGGCAAACGUUUUCAGAGAUCAGGAUGAUGAUAUUCUAAAAGAUCUAGAAUCCAAGGGACCUGCUGCUUCUAAUACAGGCAAACGAAAAAGUAGCUCUUUUCUGGAUGAUUUUCUUAGUAAGCAAUCUCCUAAGCACACUGAACAAACAUCUUCUGAUUUGGAAACUGUGCGAACUGUUAGCAGGGAAAAAUCAAAAGAUCUUGAAGAAGAAGAAGAUAUUCUUGGAAGUUACAUUCCCUCAGCGACUAGAAAGCAAAGUCAAGGGAUCUUUGAAGAAACAACAUCAUCAUCAAGCCGAAGAGGAAGUUUAUUCAAGCAAGUUAGUUUUAAAGAAGAUUCUCAAGUGUCCCCUGUUCGUAAAGCCUCUUCUAUAAUAGCAGCGACUACAGAACCUUUUAAAAGUAAAAUUCCUGAGCCUAAAAGCUUAGUAUCAUCAAAGAAAGAAAAAAAUGUGAAUAAAGCCACUUUUGAAGCAAAAUCUGAUAAAAGUUCUCCUAAAAGAUCAGAAAAAAUGAAAUCUAAAGAAGAUGAAACUGACUGGUUAAGUUUUUUCAAAGAAAGUCCUAAGAAGUCCAGUAAACCUUCUGAAAGUCUGACGAAAGAUGUGGCUCAAAAAAGUGAAUUUUUUGAAAGCGCCCCUAAACUGAAUAGUAGAAGAAGAAGUUCUGGAGCGGAAUGGUUAGGUUUAAAUGAAUCAAAAUCUGAAAUAAAAGAAUCCAUAAUAAAGGAAAUGCCAACUGAGGAAACUGAUUGGCAAAUUUCUGGUGAUUUUUCUAAACCUCCUAGGCCAAAAACUACAGGAGAUAUAUCAGCUAGACCUAGACAAAAACGAAAUUUGAAUCCUUCUGUUGAGACCAAUUGGCUUCAUGAUGAUUUUGAAAAAGAUACUGGGAGGAAUGACUUAUUCACCAAAGACAAUGCAGAUGAGAAGCCAGUUAUUUUCCAAGGCACUCCAUCGAUACCAAUAUACUCUGAAAAAAGUAGCAUCAAUGAUGUUAUUAGCAAUAAAGCUGACCAAUUUUCAAGAAUCGCCAAAAAAGAAGAGUUGAACCUUCAAGCUUCUGGAUUCAAAGAAGUGCAUAAUAGUCGUCAUGAAUACAUGGCUCCAAAGAUGACAAACACUCCUCAGCAAAUGCUACCAUCCAAUAUGAAAAUUUCACAAGAAAGCAUGUCCCCAAACCCAUUAGCUGUUCCAAUUGAUAGCUAUCAAUAUUUUCAAGCAAAGCUAGCUGAAUGCAUGUUAGAAAAAGAUCAACUUGCUAAAUCUUGUGAAAAUUUGAAACUUACAUAUGAAGAAAAAAUUAAGGCGAUAGAAAGUGUGCAUAAAAAUCAGCUGUUGUCAAUGGAUGACUUAUCAAAGAUAAAAGAAAAUAGUUUAAAAACAGAGUAUGAAACUAAACUUCAAGCCUCUGAAGAGAAAGUAAAAUUACUAGAAGCUGAAAAGAUGCAGUUUGAGAAAAGUUAUAAAUCAAAAUUUGAAGCUUAUGAAGAGCAACAUAAAAAGGAAAUGCUUAGGCUAAAAGAUCUGCAUAGUCAGUCACUUGAAAUAAUGAAACAAGAUCAUGAAGAUGCUUUAAUGAGACUCAAAAGACUGAAGGAUCAGGAAGUAGAAGCUGUUCUAAGCACACAAUCCCAUUCAAGAUCUUUACAAAAUCUGAGUGAUCAAUUAGAAGCUCGGGCAGCCGAAUUAGCUUCAUUACAAGUUAAAAUUGAAGGAAAGUCUCAAGCAAUGCUUUUAGAAAAGCAAGCUCUUCUUGAGUCAAAAGAGAAAGAAUUAAAAGCACUGCAAAGCAGACUUCACAAACAGCUUGAAGAUGGAGAAGAAGAGAAAAUACGUUUGCAACAACUGGUUUUGAGAUUAGAGAGCCGUCUCCAAAAAAAUACAAUUGAAGGGGAAGAAGAUCGUUGGGAAGUUCAACAACUGAAAGCAAAAUUGAAUAUUCAACAGAAGCACAUGGAAGAAGAAUAUAAAUUGCACCAACAUCAAUAUGAAAAAGAAAAGGAAAAACUUCGCAUUUCUCAGGAUUCAUUACUCCAUGAGCAAAAGACAGUUCUUCUUCAAUUAGCCCAAGAAAGACAGCAGUUAACUCAAGAAAAAAUUGAACUAGCCUCAUUGAACAAAAAGCAAAAAGAAGAUGAAGCUAAACUAAAUGUCCGAAAGCUCAAGGAAGAAAGCAUGAUUGAAACUCAGAAACGUGCCCUCCAACAAGAAGAAAGUAAACUUUAUUUUGAAAAAGAACAAGUUCGUCAGACCUCACAGCAGUUAGAAAGAGAGCAAGAGCAACUGCUUCGAGAAAGACAACAAUUGAAUGAUGAAAGAGAAAAACUUAAUAACCUUCAAGCAACUAUAAGGAAGAAGACUCAAGACUUGGAAGAAAUGACUUUGAGGAUGGCUGAAGAAAAAGAGCAAUGUCGCUUGGAACGUGAAACAGCUGAAAGAAUUAAAACUGAACACCAAUCCAGAUUGCAACAUUAUGCACAGCAGAUGGCAAUGAUAAUGGACAAAGAAAGGCAAAUCUUGAUGGAAAAAGAAAAACUUACUGAAGAAAAGAUUGAAUUGGAGAAUAAAAAAAAUUCCAUGUUGUGUAACAAAUGUAAAAUUUCAGCUGAACUUCCAGUAAGCAGUCCUUACAACCCGGUGAACCCUGUAAAUGCAUUAGGGCCUAUUGUUCAAACAACUCAAGCACCACUUCUCAAUGGUAUGUCUAACAACCCUCAACUUUUUGGCAGGGAUCCCAGUCUUGUUGUUUGGUAUGUUAAUGCACAAAGGGAUCAGGAUUUCUUACAACAUGAAUUGGCUUUCAUAGAAUCAUUGAAGAGCAAGAACAAAAAGGGCUAGGAACAAAUCCCAACAAGAAAGAAAUAUAGUUUUUGUUUAAUAUUGAAAGGUGUAAU